GGUUGAAAAAAGGUUGAGUAGUCAAGGCCAAAAUAAGCCCACUGAGGCCCUGAGCAUAGCAGUUUGUGAAAGCUUUAGCUUCCAAUUUGCCAUAACAACAUAAAUUUUUGCUUUAGAAGAAUAUGCUGCAAAGGCAUUGUCUGAACCCCAGCAUGAGGGUAUGCGAGCCACUGAACUGUCAUUGUUUAGAUUGCAAUAUUCGCAAAGACCAGUUGUGGCCUCUGCUAUGAUAAAUCUAGCAACAUGGAAGAAAGAGGCAAUUUCCAAACCCAAAGAGCCCAUUGUUGCAACCCAGGGCAAAUUUGGUGAAGGAGUAAGUGGAGAAGAAGAGAGCACUACCUCAGAAAUGUCUGGCUGGUGGUAACUGUUUGCUUUCCACCUUUCAGGAUGGCCUGGGAUUCACUGUGUGGCAGGGACCUGCUGCGUCCCACAAUAAGAAGAGCCUCAAGCAUCGCACGGCGAGGGCAGAGGGGGGACACCCCAUCCCUGGAGGAGCUGCAGCGCCUGCUCUGGACACGUACACGCCCCAUGGGGCAUGUGGAUGAAGUCUGGCCAAACCUUUAUGUGGGAGACCUGUAUGUUGCUCGUGACAAAGCACAGCUGAGCCAAAUGGGCAUUUCCCAUGUUGUGAAUGCUGCUGCUGGGCGCUUCCACCUCAACACUGGGCCCAAAUUCUACAAAGACCUUCCUGUGGAUUACUAUGGAGUAGAAGCAGAGGACAACCCGAACUUUGAUCUCAGCAUUUACUUCUACCCCGUUGCUCGAUACAUAAGAGCUGCACUGAAUUCCCCAAGAGGCAAAGUACUGGUCCACUGUGCAAUGGGAAUAAGUCGAUCUGCAACUCUUGUCCUCGCCUUCCUAAUGAUCUGUGAGGACAUGUCUCUUGCCGACGCGAUUCAGGCCGUGCGCUCCCACAGAGGGAUCUGCCCCAACUCCGGCUUCCUGGAGCAGCUGCGAGAGCUGGACCUGAGGCUGGGGAGGGAGAAGCGUGCAGGAGCUGGGGUCUGCUAGCACUGGGGCCUGCUAGCAUCGGGCUGGCCAGCAGCAGGAGCACAACCAGCCACCAGGCUCAAACUGAGGCCAGCACAUGGACACUGCGGGCACAUUGUUGCAGCUGCACUGAGAAACUCUGCUGGAGAGAGCCGAUUGGAGCUUGCGAUGUAUUUUUUGGAUAAGCCCACUAAUUGAAAGAAACUGAAAUAAAGAAGGAUUCAGACCGGCAAUUUCACCCACCUGGGCCUGCUUUUUUAACAACCAGCUUUGCAGGGUACAGGCAGCAGUUGGUUUUUCAUGCAGAAUUAAAAGGCAGUGCAGC